CCAUGGGAUCGUCUUCCAGGGUGUAGGCAUGCAUUUGUAGGCGACCAGCAACCCAGUCUGACCAGUUGACCAUUUGCCCCACCCGUUGCGCGGCUUACUUUUGUGGCACCGACGUGCAUGUCCAGUCUCCGAGACGAAAUCGAUUCAGAGUGUUGGGGUGCACAAAUGACUGUUCCAACAGCACCCAAUGCUAAGGUACUGCGAUUUCGGCGGGAUAGUUUGAAGUUUGCUUUCGCCCCCAAGUUUGCUUUGAGCCCGGGACAUGAUUUGGGAUGGGUUCGAAGCAGCUCCAAAACCGCUGCUUCGAUCGAUCACCUCAGCCCGGUCGACCGGUCGAGGUGCACCUCGUGCAACCGGAAUCCUCACAUCACGGUGGCCACUGCGCCCCAGAUCCCACCGAAUGCCAGCAACAUGAUCAAAAAGUGGACGAUGCUUCCCUCCACUGAGCAGCUGACCCUGGUGGGGCACCUCAAACAGCUGGGCGCUGGAGAUGCGCGCGCGCAGCGCGCCGCGCCUGCUGCGGCCGCUGGCGCUCCGGAAGCGGAGCCGGCAGCUGAAGUGGAAGCUGAAGUGACAGAGGAGUCCUUUGCCUCCCACAGUUGGCAUGGACGGCGCUUUAAGCUGGGCUGUGUGGACGGGUCCGACGCUGUCGAUUGGUUCGGGGUUGGGCCGCCGCCAGGGUAUUCUACGAGAGGUGAUUUGCUUGACAGAGAGGACGUCCCAGAUUCGCAAGCGUUGAUGUUGGGCUUCUCCAAAGAAGAGGCGCCCACGUUUAUUUUCGAGGAGCUGGGCCAAACCAAAGGAGGAGACGUGGUGAAUCCUCUCACGUUGCCAGGUGGAGUCACAGUACCACAAGCCUACGUCUACACCUUCCGCCUGGCUGAGGGUCCGCCCUGCUACGUCAGCGAACACGACGAGGGCCCUGGGCCCGAAUACUUCGUCGCCGACCUCGCUCCAUCGCACUCGCGCUUUGCCUUUUUACCGCUGGAGGGCAACACACGAAGCCCCAAGACGAAGGUUUCGGGUGCGGAGAAGGAUGAGAAGGACUGUUGCUAUGGUAUGUACCACAUGGAGAAGAAACAGGGCCAGGACUACUACACGUAUUGGAUGGAUGGAGAUUAUCCCGUCUACAUCAUCACGGAUCAGCUUUGCCGUGCCAGUGAUGAGUGCUAUCCACCUACACGUUACAAGGUUUGGUGGGACCCGGAGUUUGUGCUGCGGGUCAUCGAGGUGGACAUCGAAAGUGACGAGGGGACGUCCGCCUGGCGCCUAGUCGCACGGAGCCUGGCGGGCGACGUGGUGGCCGAGCUGAAGGUGCGGCGGAAGACGAAGCUUGGGGAGCUGAGAGCGCAGCUUCGGGAGGCGAUGCCAGCGAGCAGUGUUCAUGCGACCAUCUCCCUGGUGAAUGCCAAAAGCAAGAGCUUGCUCCAGCCCUCAGACGACUCAAAGGCUAUAUUGAGCCUGAUGUGAUCGUGUGCCUGCCUCGUACCGCUGAGUCGUGCGAUGCGCAGACAAAAAUCAGCGUCAUGUGGUCUUAAUGCAUUCACUCCCGGUGACUCGCGCUGUCGCGUCGUUUUGCGGCG